GUUCCAGGAGGCGUCCUUCCCGGCGAGGCAGCCGAAGGCGCAGAAGGAGUGGAGCCCCAUCGACCGCAUGCUGGCGAACAAGCGGGGCCAAGCGAAGGCGCGGAGAGAGCUGCCCCCCCUGGAGCACCAGCUGCCGCCGCCGGUGCCCACGGCGACCUCGUCGACCCAGACGGCGCCUUGGGCCGCCGUCUGCGCCGAGAUCGUGGCGCCGGAGAAGGCGAGGGCCCUCGUGCUGGAGAAGGAGCUCAAGGCCGUGCGCGCCGCGCUGAAGCAGAUGCAGGAGGGCGCCAAGGACGCUGGCGAGCGGGAGGCCGACGACCAGAGGCGCGAGGCGGAGCUACGGGCGCAGCUGCGGGAGUCCGAGCGCCGCGGGGGGGAGCUCGAGGCAGAGGUGGAGGC